GUAAAAUCCAAACGUGAGGCUUUGAGUUCAGAGUCAGGAACUCAGUCGAACUCAUCGCUCUCUUUCUAUCUCUUCUUCUUUCUGAUGGAGGACUCAAGAAGCAGUUACGAGCAACUGUUCAUUGAAGAUUCCGACCUCUAUAACCGCAUUGUUCUCGGUGCCUUCUUGCCUCAUAGCGCGUGGGCUUCACUCCCUCGCUUCUUCCAAACAUGGCUCCGUAACUACAUUGGUGGAGUCCUUCUCUACUUCAUCUCUGGCCUCUUAUGGUGUUUCUACAUUUACUAUUGGAAGCGUAACGUUUAUGUCCCCAAAGAUUCCGUUCCCUCGCGUAGAGCCAUGCUCUUGCAAAUUUCUGUGGCAAUGAAAGCCAUGCCUUGGUACUGUCUGCUUCCAACUGUCUCCGAGUACCUGACAGAAACCGGCUGGACAAAGUCUUUCCCUAGAAUAUAUAAUGUUGGCUGGCUUUCCUAUGUUGUGUAUUUAGCAAUUUAUAUGAUUAUUGUAGAGUUUGGUAUUUAUUGGAUGCACAGAGAGCUCCAUGACAUAAAGCCACUCUACAAGUAUCUUCAUGCUACUCAUCAUAUCUAUAACAAGCAGAACACUCUCUCCCCAUUCGCUGGUUUGGCAUUUCACCCUCUUGAUGGGAUACUCCAGGCAUUACCACAUAGCCUUUCUCUAUUUAUCAUCCCAGUCCAUUUUACUGCACAUUUGGCACUCAUAUUCAUCGAAGGCAUCUGGACUGCGAAUAUUCACGACUGCAUUCACGGAAAAGUGUGGUCUAUUAUGGGUGCUGGUUACCACACCAUUCACCAUACCACGUAUCGCCAUAACUACGGCCACUACACCAUAUGGAUGGACUGGAUGUUCGGGACUCUUCGUGAGCCUGAGGAGGACGAAGGUAAGGCGAUGUGAUGAGUUACAGUCUUACAUUGAUAUUUGAUUAUCCAUUUGGUUGCAUAGUCUUGAAUUAUCUUUUACUGGAUGGUUGAAAUGUGCUUUUGUUUUUUUUCAUGUAAAGCAUAAAGGUGUUAAGUGUAUUUUUGUUUUUCUUGUGUGCAUCACUAGAAGAUUCUAGAAAUUAGAGAAUGUUUUAGGGUUCAUGUGGAUCUUCCUGUAUAUGACUCAGAUUGUGUGUAUGCCAUAACUUAUGUGGUUGGUGUUAUUUUGUUUUUGGAGGCAGAGUUUGGGAUGAAAGAAAAUAUAUUUUUUUCUCGGGA